GGGGAGACCGGGAGCCGAGGGCCGGCGCCCAACGAGGCCCCCAGCCGCGGCCGCGCGCGGACCUCCAGCCCGGCGGCCCGGCCCGGCCGAGCCCAGGGGGGCGCCCCCGAAGCGAGGGGCCCGGCCGGCGGCUGAGGCUUGUCUGCGUGGUUUCCAGUUGCCAUGAGGAAGCCUCGCCGAAAGUCCCGGCAGAAUGCCGAGGGCCGGAGAUCCCCAUCCCCAUACAGCCUGAAGUGCUCCCCCACACGGGAGACCUUGACGUACGCCCAGGCCCAGAGGAUUGUGGAGGUCGACAUCGACGGCCGCCUGCAUCGCAUCAGCAUUUAUGACCCGCUCAAGAUCAUCACUGAGGAUGAGCUGACCGCUCAGGACAUCACCGAAUGCAAUAGCAACAAGGAAAACAGUGAGCAGCCCCAGCUGCCCGCCAAGUCCAAGAAGCCCUCUUCUAAGGGCAAGAAGAAGGAGUCCUGCUCCAAGCAUGCCUCCGGUACCUCCUUCCACCUCCCGCAGCCCAGCUUCCGCGUGGUGGACACAGGCAGCCAGCCCGAGGCGCCCCCGUUACCUGCUGCGUAUUACCGCUACAUUGAGAAGCCCCCGGAAGACCUGGACGCAGAGGUCGAGUAUGACAUGGACGAGGAGGACCUCGCCUGGCUAGACAUGGUGAACGAAAAGCGGCGGGGCGACGGGUACAGCUCGGUGUCGGCAGACACCUUUGAGCUGCUGAUGGACCGGCUUGAGAAGGAGUCCUACCUGGAAAGUCGGAGCAGCGGGGCUCAGCAAUCGCUGAUUGACGAGGACGCCUUCUGCUGCGUGUGUCUGGACGACGAAUGCCACAACAGCAACGUCAUCCUUUUCUGUGACAUCUGUAACUUAGCUGUGCACCAGGAGUGCUACGGUGUUCCCUAUAUCCCAGAAGGCCAGUGGCUCUGCCGCUGCUGCCUGCAGUCUCCCUCUCGGCCCGUGGAUUGUGUCCUGUGCCCCAAUAAAGGUGGGGCCUUCAAACAGACCAGUGAUGGCCACUGGGCCCACGUGGUCUGUGCCAUCUGGAUCCCUGAAGUCUGCUUCGCCAACACCGUGUUCCUAGAGCCUAUCGAGGGCAUUGACAACAUUCCGCCUGCCCGCUGGAAACUGACCUGCUAUAUCUGCAAGCAGAAAGGGCUGGGUGCGGCCAUCCAGUGCCACAAAGUCAACUGCUACACUGCCUUCCACGUGACAUGCGCCCAGCGGGCCGGGCUCUUCAUGAAGAUCGAGCCCAUGAGAGAAACCAGCCUCAACGGCACCACGUUCACGGUGCGCAAGACCGCCUACUGUGAGGCCCACUCGCCGAGCCUUGCCGCUGCCAGGAGAAAGGGCGACUCGCCCAGAAGCCUCAGCGAAGCCGGGGAUGAAGAUGGGCUGAAAGAGGGUGGCGGGGAGGAGGAAGAGGAAGAAGCAGUGGAGGAGGGCCAGGAAGGCCAGGGUGGAGUGGGCAGCCCCCUCAAGGGGGCUUCUAAGAAGAAUAAGAUGAGUUCAAAGCAGAAGAUCAAGAAGGAGCCAGAGGAAGCUGGCCGGGAGACACCCUCCAUCACUGUCCCCAUGGUCACUGUCCCACAGAUACCCUCUUACAGGUUGAACAAGAUCUGUAGUGGUCUCUCCUUUCAGAGGAAAAACCAGUUCAUGCAGCGGCUGCACAACUACUGGCUGCUGAAACGGCAGGCCCGGAACGGCGUCCCCCUCAUCAGGCGCCUGCACUCCCACUUACAGUCGCAGAGAAACGCCGAGCAGCGGGAGCAGGACGAGAAGACAAGUGCGGUGAAGGAGGAGCUGAAGUACUGGCAGAAGCUCCGCCAUGACCUGGAGCGGGCGCGGCUGCUGAUCGAGCUCAUCCGCAAGCGGGAGAAGCUAAAGCGGGAGCAGGUCAAAGUGCAGCAGGCUGCCAUGGAGCUGGAGCUGAUGCCAUUUACCGUUCUACUGAGGACAACUUUGGACUUGCUGCAGGAGAAGGACCCUGCGCACAUCUUUGCUGAGCCCGUCAGCCUGAGUGAGGUUCCAGAUUACCUGGAAUUCAUAUCCAAGCCAAUGGAUUUUUCUACUAUGAGGCGGAAGCUGGAAUCUCACCUGUACCACACCUUGGAGGAGUUUGAGGAGGACUUUAACCUUAUAGUUACCAACUGCAUGAAGUAUAAUGCUAAAGACACAAUUUUCCACCGAGCAGCUGUCCGCCUGCGGGACCUAGGAGGGGCCAUCCUGCGGCAUGCCCGGCGGCAGGCAGAGAACAUCGGCUAUGAUCCCGAGAGGGGCACCCACUUGCCCGAAUCACCCAAAUUGGAAGACUUUUACCGAUUCUCCUGGGAGGACGUGGAUAACAUCCUCAUCCCAGAGAACCGGGCCCAUCUGUCCCCAGAGGUGCAGCUGAAGGAGCUGCUGGAGAAACUGGAUCUGGUGAGCGCCAUGCGGUCCAGUGGGGCCCGCACCCGGCGUGUCCGCAUGCUGCGCAGGGAGAUAAAUGCGCUUCGCCAAAAGCUGGCACAGCCACCGCCACCUCCACUGCUACCUUCACUGAGCAAGACCGCGUCUAAUGGGGAGCUGCCAGCAGGACCUCAGGGGGCUGCAGCUGUGCCGGAGCAGGCCCUGCAGGAGGAUCCGGAGGACGACAGGGACAGAGAUGAUUCCAAAUUGCCCGCCCCACCAACCCUGGAACCCACUGGGCCUGCACCUUCCUUGUCUGAACAGGAAUCCCCUCCAGAUCCCCCGACCCUAAAACCCAUCAGUAACAGCAAACCUUCAAGCCGGUUCCUAAAGUCCCGGAAGGUGGAAGAUGAUGAGCUCUUGGGAAAGCCAGCCCUGCAGCUGGGGAGCGAGCCCUUGCAGUGCUUGCUUAGUGACAAUGGCAUCGAUAGACUGUCUCUCAUCAACCCUGACAGCCCCCCUGGCACCCCUCACAGCAGUGUGGGCCGCCGAACAUCAGUCCUCUUCAAGAAGGCCAGGAAUGGAGUUAAGCUACAGAGGAGUCCAGAUGGGACCCUGGAGAAUGGCGAGGACCAUGGCACAGUGGACUGUCCUGCUUCUCCAGCCAGCAUGGAGGAUGAGCACUAUUCCAGGAAGCGGCCAAGGAGCAGAAGCUGUAGUGACAGUGAAGGGGAGAGGUCCCCUCAGCAGGAGGAAGAGACAGGCGUGACUAACGGCUUUGGAAAACACACCGAGAGCGGGUCUGACUCGGAAUGUAGUUUGGGUCUCAGUGGAGCUCUGGCGUUUGAAGCUGGCAGUGGCCUGACGCCUCCCAAGCGCAGCCGUGGGAAGCCGGCCCUGUCUCGAGUGCCCUUCCUGGAAGGUGUGAACGGAGACUCUGACCACAGUGGCUCAGGCAGAAGCCUCCUGAUGCCCUUUGAAGACCGCGGAGACCUGGAGCCCUUGGAGCUGGUGUGGGCCAAGUGCCGAGGCUACCCCUCCUACCCUGCCUUGAUAAUCGAUCCCAAGAUGCCCCGGGAGGGCCUUCUGCACAAUGGUGUCCCCAUUCCUGUCCCUCCACUGGACGUGUUGAAGCUGGGCGAGCAGAAGCAGGCAGAGGCUGGAGAGAAGCUCUUCCUUGUCCUCUUCUUUGACAACAAACGAACCUGGCAGUGGCUUCCAAGGGACAAAGUCCUGCCCCUGGGAGUGGAAGAUACUGUGGACAAGCUCAAGAUGCUAGAAGGCCGAAAGACCAGCAUCCGGAAGUCAGUACAGGUGGCCUAUGACCGCGCGAUGAUGCAUCUGAGCCGCGUGCGUGGAACCCACUCCUUCGUCACUUCUAGCUACCUGUAAGAGUGGACUGGGCCUGUGCAGGUCUGCCUUCUUCACCUCUCUUCUGCCCUGCCAAGUGUAUGGCUGGCAGCUUCUUUCUCAUGGCAGGCCCUGACUGAACUGGGUCUCCAAGGGCAAGGCCCAAAAUUGACCAAUCAUGUGGUUCCCCUGGAGGGCCGCUGCGUGCCAAAAACUCCCACCCGAGGUCCCUGGGGAUACUCCACUGAAGAACCACUUAGAAGUAGAAACAGCUGAGAGUCUUGGCCAGCCAGGGAGGUGGACCUGGCCCACAAGGCAAGAGGGCCUAAUCUGGCUUUCUGGGGCCAGCUGGCUCCUUCCAUGCCUCUCCCAGCUAACCAUACCUCAGGGCAGGCAAGGUUCUGACACUGAUCCCAGAGAUGUGCCAGGGUCCCUCGGGAACCCACUGAGCUCCCCUUCCCUCCACAUCACUCAUUCUCGUCGCACCUCCUUGCCUCCUCUCCCUCCCCCAGCCCAGACUCUCCUUCCCACAUUUCUCUGCUUUCUCCCUUGUGCCAAACUGACAGCAACAUCACCAAAUUGAUCUUUUUCUUUGAUGCCCCAUUUCCGUCCUGGCCAGCUGCUAUAGUAGAUAGGUGUCUGCCAGGUACGUGAGUUCAGGUAGAAGCUAUCCCACUUGUGAGGACCCUUCCCCACACCCACGGAAGUCCACACCAGGUCCAGCUGCACACACAUGCCCUGUGGAUGGAGUGGGCUUCCUGCCCUUCGUCUUGCCAUGAGGAGUGCUGAGGGUGGGCCCCUGCCCACACACAUGGCUGAAUGGAUGCUGAAGGUGGCAUGUGCCCUUCAGCUGGCGUGCUGCUCACCCCGUCUCCUGGGCUCUUAUCUUCCGGCAGCAGCCUGAAUCCUUGCUGCAUCACAUCACCGCAGGCGGCAUGGCGCUGCCCUCUGGCUCCCCCGCCGUAGCUCUGCUGCUCCUGCCUCCCAGAGCAGGGGGCACAGCCUUUUUUUCAUACUCUGUCUUCAGCCUCUUCCCCACCUUUACCUCCUCAACCUUCUCCCCUCACCUCCAAAAGGAAGGAAGAAAAACUGUGAAUGAGGAAUGCUGACUGACAAACCGACGCACCCUUCAGAGGCUUCUGCUCUUGACCUUUCUUUUCACCUCUUAAGCACCAAAGCUGCAGGCGGGUUUGCAGACCGCUGAUUGCCAUUUGGUUUCUACCUUGGUGUCAUUUUUAAUUGUUUUACAUUUUUUCAUAGGGGAAUUUUGGGCAAAACAAAGUCCCUGGGGAGAUCACUGCCAUUUUUACAUACUCAAACUUUUUAAAAUACAACCAACCAACCGCCAACUUCUUACACAUUUGGGACAUGAGCCAGCAUUUGAAAGGGAACCAAUACAGCUCACAGAGAGGGCGGGAUUCUGUCCAGGACACAGCACCGCGACAGCUGGGGCGGGACGUGCUGUACAUAACUGUAAGAUACCUUCGUGAGUUCUUCAGGCCUGUACUCUCCAUUGUCGGAACCCUCCAUUGUGCAGCCGUGCAGCGCCAUCUGGUUCAAGGAGCCGUUGCGUUCCCUCUCCCCAGGUAGUUGGUCAGCUGUGGACUCUGUGACCCUCGUCGAAACCUGUGUUGUAAGAUCUCGGGGCUUUCUCCCUCUCUAUCUCCUUCCCCAACACUUUACCUUCUCUGUCUCUUUUUCAGUCUCUGAAUCUUCCACUCUCUCUGAGUCCCGUUUUAAAAACUGCUCUUUUAGAACAGGAUGCGGCUCAGAUCCUGCUGUGGCAUGGGGCCUCAUGUCUCUGUCGCGUCUGCUGUGAAGCACACGAUGCUCUAUUUAUUGUAGAAAGUGACUUUAUUUGCCUUCUAGAAUUGUUUAUAACAGAUGGUUAUAAGAGAGGUAAUAAACAGAAAAGUCUAUGCCUGUAAAGAAUACGAGAGUUAAUUUUACCUACUAUAAUAUGACGUCCUAUUUUCUCUCUGAGAAAUAAAUGUUCUAAUGGGCAGUG